UAGAGCAGGACUGCAAAUACCAGUGCAAUUGGAUUUAUUAUUAAUAUUAUUCAUUCUUCUUCAGAAUGAUCCUUGCCUCUUCUUCUUCUUCGAUCUAACCAAAUCACUGUGCCAUCAUGGAUAUGAGCAGUGGCUCCUCGGACGGUCCCUUGACCGACUCCGGCGUGGAUUUCUCCAACUACACGCAACGCCUCGACUUCCUCGCCGACAUCCUCGACGACACUCAGCUGCAGGUCCAGGGUAACGCCGCUGCCAGACGCUUCUGGUACGGCAUUGUGGCUGUGAUUGGCGUGGCUACCCUCUGCAAUGUCGUUCAUACGAGUAUCCAGCGAUCAAGACUUCAAGCAAGCCUCAAGAACGAAAAACAACCCGCUCGGCCGUCAUCUCUACCGAUAAGAUGGAUUGCGACAACCACUGCGACCCUGCGGGAAAUCGCCUAUCUACAACCGUAUCUCCCCGUGCUGGAGCCCUGGAUCCGGAUACCUGACCUGGGCGCCAUCUGGAUGGUUGCCGCCUACCUGCUGUUCAUUCUGCUGCUGGAGUUCGUCGACAACGACGUCACGGGCGCCCAGUACUAUCAGGCGCUCAGCGUGCAGGCUGCCUGGCUGGCCGUUGCCCAGAUCCCGCUGAUUGUGCUCCUCGCCGGGAAGAACAGUCUCGUCGGCGUGCUGUCGGGAACCUCCUACCAACGGCUGAACGUGCUGCACCGCUGGGUCGCCCGUGGCUCGCUGCUGCUCUCGACCUUCCACUUUGGCUUCCAGAGCUACGGCUGGCAGCAGUACGGAGUGGAGAAGCUCGAGUGGGCGACCGACUCGUGCCCGCCCACGGGGAUUGCCGCCUACGCCAUCCUGCUGUGGAUGAACCUGACCACCUUCGCGCCCAUGCGCUACUAUGCCUACAACUGGUUCGUCUUCCAGCAUAUCAUCACCUACUUCGGCUUCAUCAUCGCCGUCAUGAUGCAUCUGCCGUCGACAGCGCUGUAUUCGCGCGUCUACGUCUACAUCGCCAUUGCUCUCUACCUGCUCGAGCGGCUGGUCCGUACGGCUCGGUAUGCCCUGGCUAAUCUCCGUCCCGCCCGUGCCACCCUACACUCUCUCGACGACGCCCGCGCCACCAAGAUUCAUAUCAGGGGCUCCUCCAUCAAACGGUGGGCUCCCGGCGACCAUGUGCUUCUCGCCCUGCCGCGCUUCGGCCUCGCCCAGUCCCAUCCGGCCACCAUCCUGUCCACCCCGGAUUCGCACCAGGGUGAUCUCGUCUUGAUCCUGCGUACGUUUAGCGGCUUCACGCGCCGCAUCGCCACUGCCGCCGCCGCCGCCCCCGCCGCCCAGCCUGACAACCACGACCCGGAAGCUGUAUGCGAGAAGCAGUAUCUCGCGCUGAUCGAAGGGCCCUACCCGGCUGCCUCGCAGACCGACUUCGCCUGCUACGAUACUUUAUUUCUAGUUGCCGGCGGGACGGGGGUAACCUUCACUCUCUCCGUCCUGCUGAGCCUCGCCGCGCGCGCCCAGACCACCCCCACCUUACCCCUACGAAACGUCCAGUUCGUCUGGAUCGUCAAGGACCGCGCCUCCCUGUCCUGGAUCCGCCAGGAGCUUCUAGAUGUGCUCCCUGCGUUUGAGAACGCCGGCAUCACCCUUGAGAUUAAAGCAUUCCUAACGUGCGACUCGCCCGACAGCGCAGGGAAAUCAACCUGCACCUGCGCCGGCGAUUGCGGAUGCUGCAUCGCAGAAAAGGAUAGCAAUGUCAUGCAGAAGGAUCCGAAUUCAGCUUCUUCAAGUAUUGAAGUAGUGCCCCCCUGGAGCGAAAUCAACUAUCAGCGACCGGAAAUCGACUCGCUCCUAUGGGACGGUCUCUGCGCCGCGCAGGGCGAGUCCGCCAUUGCCGUGGCUGGGCCGCGACGGCUCUCUGCUGCCGUGCGCCGGACAGUGGUCCAGAUCAGCGACGAGCGGGCGGUGCACAAGGGGACGGGGGCGCAAGGGAUAUAUCUUCAUGUGGAGAAUUGUAACUAAUACGGAGUAUACGGAGAACUAUAAUGAAUUACGAUAUUAACUAAUUAUAAUCAACAUUACGGAGUACAGUCUCUACGGAGUACACUAAGAGUACUAAGAGUACUCCGUAGAGAUUAUACUAGCCAUUAUCCGAUCUGAUAACAAUAGAACUAAAGAAACUAUUAAUAAUAAUAUGAAGGUCAGAAUGAAGGGAUACCUUGACGUCAUGUGACUGCCGCGUCACGUCGGAGACAGUACAGAGUACUCUGUAACACAGUAACACAGUAAAGAGUCUCCAACUGUUCUCUCCUCCUCGAAUGAAACGGUGUUGAUGACAGAAAACAAGAAAUGCGCGUCAACCUGCUCAC